UAUUCUCGUAUAAAACUUAAAACAUACUUGAAAUUGUAACAUUGCAAUUAUGUUCGCGUUGAUAGUAGGAUUGGCUAUUGCACUUGUGCCUAAUUCACAGGCUGCGCCUGUGGAUGUUGAGCCUCGCGUUGUGAAUGGAACAGAUGCAGAUAUAAGAGAUUUUCCAUAUAUGGUCUCUGUUCAGUUCAAUGGAAGACAUACAUGUGGAGGCUCAAUUAUCAACAGAUAUAAUAUUUUAACAGCUGCUCAUUGUGUUACAAGAGAUUUGGCAAAUUUUACCAUACUGCCAGGAUCCACAAGUAUCACAAGCGGCACAGCCGUGCCAGUGGAGAAGAUUAUAAUACACCAAGACUACUCAGGAUUUAUGCCCCUUUAUCACGACAUCGCUAUUGUUCAACUAGUUUGGCCGCUAAGAUUUAAUGAAAGAGUGCAACCAAUACGACUACCUAGAACUUUUGAUCCUAUACCGGAGCUUGCUGGCGCUGUUCUAACUGGAUGGGGUCUUAAUCAUACUGAUGGAGCCGUGCAGGACAUUCUUCAAAAAGUCGAUAUCAUAGUUUACGCAGACGCGGAAUGUGAGAAGUUACAUUCCUUGUCGGGACCAACUAACCGCAUUACACAUGUCUGUGCGGGAGUACCUGAAGGUGGUAGAGGACAAUGUAACGGUGACUCCGGAGGUCCUCUAGUAGUUGAUGGGACAGAAAUUGGAAUCGUUUCUUGGUCAGUAAAGCCCUGUACAGUUCAAGGAUUUCCCGGAGUUUACGUGAAAGUUUCCUCGUACAUAGAUUGGAUCAACUGCCAUUUAAAAAGAGGAAAUUACCCUUAAAUACAUUUUUUACGACUUGAA